AUGCAGGACUAUCUUACUGUUUUUUAGUAUGUGAAGAAAUAUGGUAACCUUAUUGGUAUGGACUUUGCCGGCAUCCCUGUAGUACUCGUAACUGGACUGCCCUUAAUCAGAGAAGUCCUUACCCACACGGGCCAGAACUUUAUGAACCGCCCCCUGACCCCUAUUCGAGAACGUGCAUUUGGUAAAAAUGGACUGAUCCUGUCCAGUGGCCAAAUAUGGAAGGAACAAAGAAGGUUUGCCCUAACCACACUAAGGAACUUUGGCUUAGGAAAGAAGAGCUGAGAGGAACGCAUCCAGGAGGAAGCCCACCACCUUGCUGAGGUCAUAGCAGAGGAGAAUGGACAGCCUUUCAACCCUCACUUCAAGAUCAACAAUGCAGUUUCCAAUAUAAUUUGCUCUAUCAUCUUUGGGGAGCGCUUUGACUACGAAGACGGUCAGUUUCAGGAGCUGCUGAGCUUAUUGGAUGAGGUUACUCUUUUGGAAGCAUCUCCUCUGUGCCAACUCUACAAUGUCUGUCCGGGGAUAAUGAAGUUCCUUCCUGGACCUCAUCAAACUCUCUUCAGAGACUGGGACAAACUAAAAGUAUUUGUUUCUCAUGUGAUUGAAAAUCACAAGAGAGACUGGAAUCCUGAUGUGAUGAGAGACUUUAUUGAUGCAUACCUCAAAGAAAUGGCACAGCACCCAGACAGGAGCACUUCAAGUUUUGAUGAAGAAAACCUCAUCUGCAGCACCCUGGACCUCUUUAUUGCUGGGACCGAAACGACAUCCACGACACUGCGCUGGGGUCUGCUUUACAUGGUCCUCUACCCGGAAGUCCAAGAAAAAGUACAUGCUGAGAUUGACAGAGUUAUUGGUCAGGGGCAGCAGCCAAGCUUGGCCAACAGAGAGUCCAUGCCCUAUACCAAUGCUGUCAUCCAUGAGGUGCAAAGAAUGGGCAACAUCGUUCCUCUGAAUGUUCCCAGGGAAAUGGCUGUUGAUACCACUUUUGGGGGAUACCACCUGCCAAAGGGGACCAUAGUUCUGACCAAUUUGACUGCACUGCACAGGGACCCCACGGAGUGGGCCACUCCAGACACAUUCAACCCAGAGCAUUUUCUGGAGAACGGACAGUUUAAGAAAAGAGAAUCCUUUCUACCUUUCUCAGUGGGAAAACGUGUGUGCCUUGGAGAACAGUUGGCUAGGUCUGAGCUAUUCAUUUUCUUCACUUCGCUUCUGCAGAAGUUCACCUUCCAGCCCCCAAAGGACGAGAAGCUGAGCCUGAAGGUUAGGUUGGGCAUUACACUUUCCCCACAGAGCUUCUGCAUCCAUGCUAUCCCCAGGAUAUGAUGGUGGAGAAGGAAAGUGAAAGGAAAGAAACAAAGAAGAAAUGGCCUGUCUCUGAGACCUCUGGUGCCUAUACAGAUGUGAGGGGACAGAAGGAAAGUGGGGAGGAAAGAUGAGUGCGAUUAGACUAGAGGAAAUUUGAUCACAAUUAUAGCUCUGCUAUUUCCCUCGGAAUUAGUCCAGAGCAAAUCAUUUAUGUACUCAGUGAUUUGUAUUUUCAUACUGGAGAUGGAGAGGGAAUGAAGAUUCCUUCUCUGAAUACAGUUCUUUGUAAGGAUCAAAGGAAACAAUGAACUUUAAGUGAUUUGUAACCAAUAAACACAUGAUGAAAUUAUAGUUA